AUGGAACCACCUGCAGAAACAUCUUGCUCUCAACAACUUACAUCCGUCAAUAACAAUAAUAACAAUACUAGUAAUAAUGCAAGCAGUCUGGAUGAGAAAGUAACACAAAUGUUGGAGCGAGGUGCAUCCGCAGCACCACCAACUACCUAUCAACUUCAGAUUGAUCCUAACAUUACAUUUAAUUCUGUGAACCGUCCAUUUGAAGAGUUGCCAGAGAAUUUCUUGGAAAGCAUCAGUCCCCAACAAAACCAGGCUUCUGCAUCGCAAGACAGUCCACAGCUGGUAUCAUUGGCACCUAUGAGUAUUGGUUCAAAUGACAACUUCGGAAAAACGUUUGAUUUCAGUGCGUACGUAACCUUAGCACCCAUGUCUGCGACACCUUCUUAUGUGGGCACAAUGAAAAUUGAACCAUUGCAAGACCAGAUUCAUAGUACAUCAAUGCAGCAUAACAGUCACUCUUCUAGUUUGGAUAAGCUGAGCUCUGGGCCGGCUGGUCUUCUUUCUCCAUUACAAACAAACACGCGAUCAGAUAAUUUGGUGUGUGCAAAUUUACUGGACGCUCAUCAAAACGGCAGUCGAGCUAGCGAAAUGUUGGCUAAUUUGAGAAGACAUCCGUAUAUCAAAGAAGAGGUCGAUCUUGGACAGGACUUCAAGACAAUGGAUUCGCCAUUUAUAUCCCAUCAAUCACAGCAGUCGACUAGUUUGCUGAAUCAAGAUGACCAUCAACAGGAACUGGACCAUCGUUUAGCCAAUGCUGAAACUCCACCUGCAGUGAGCAAUGUUGAACUUGCGAGUUCUUUUAUUGCAACUAUGAUAGGUGAACAGCCUCCUAGUUCACCUGCUCCGCGGCAAGCAAUAUUUCGCCAGAAUCGACGUAAUUUUUCUCUCAAUUCAUCGGAAUUGCGUAGCAGUGAUGAUCUUGAAGUCAAUGCAGCAGGAACAAGCACAGAUGAUUUAACGUUCUCUGAUGAUAAUGGUGAACCAACCAGCACAACGAGACUUACUUCUAACGCUGGUGGACCUCGUGCUAGCUAUUCUACGAAAGAUUCCACUGAUCCUUUGAACGCAGAGAUAGACGAUGACAUUUAUAUCGAUACCACUGAUCUGUGUAAACGAAUUGCUUGGGAACUUAAGCAGCACUCCAUACCUCAAGCUAUCUUUGCUGAAAGAAUUCUUUGCCGUAGUCAAGGUACUUUGUCCGACUUGCUGAGGAAUCCAAAGCCGUGGAAUAAGCUGAAAUCUGGAAGGGAAACAUUUAGAAGGAUGUUUAAUUGGGUUCAGCAACCUCUUGAAUUGCGAUUGGGUAUUCUUGAUAUGUACAAAGGCAAAGGUAUGUUGCCAGCAUCAUUGACUCCGCCCACGCCAGCACAAAACGCGCGCCAGGGUUCACGACAUAAAGGACGAGAUGGUGAUGGCUUAGGUGGCACCAAGAGGCCGAGACUGGUUUUCACGGAUAUUCAAAAGCGGACUUUACAGGCUAUUUUCAAAGAAACACAACGUCCAAGUCGUGAGAUGCAGCAAACAAUAGCUGAGCAUCUACAAUUAGAUCUGUCAACGGUAGCAAACUUUUUCAUGAACGCUCGACGGCGUUCCAGAAGUGGUCCUCUGAUGGGUGAUGCUCCAGCACCUUAUCAGCAAGUGCGACCAAUAACUCCACCUCCAGAAUCACCACCACCAAACCGAUGUUCAAGCAAAGCACGAGUAAAUCGUCACAUCUCCCAUAGUAUUCCGGACAAUACAUCUGUUUCAACUAGUUCACGAAUCGAAACAACAGUUGCCCAAGUCGUAGAAGAAGCUGCAGAGUAUGCACGGCGCUUUGAUGAGGGAGUGUUCUGUGAUGAAAAAAAUCUCAAGUUCCGCAUUGGUGAAAUGAAUAAUGGUAUUUCAUUAGGGAACAGUAAUUCAAGAAUUGAUUACGACGACCAAGCGCCUGAGUAUAAAAUGAUCCGGUUAUCGAAUGAACAAUCUCUUUCUAUAGAUUCGAGGCAGAUUACGACUGCAGAAGAACUGCUUGCAGGUGAACUUCCAGACAGUGAAGUGCAGGUAAAUCGUAACCCAAAUUCGAACAUGCCGACGAUUAAGAUGGACCCAGCAAUCGAACAGCAGCGGUGUCACCCGGUGAUGACUUUUGGUAGCAAAAUGAUAGUUGUAAAAGUAGAACGAGAUAAUUCAUCUUCUGAUUCUGCUGUUGCUAAUUCACACUGA